AUGGGAGGAACCAGAGGGCAAAAGCUUUCUGGAAUGCAAAAGCAAGUACUUAGUUUAUACAGAGGAUUUCUGCGGGCAGCACGUUCUAAACCUGAGGAGGAACGCUGCAAGAUAGAAUCCGUAGUAUGUCAAGAGUUUCGGCGUAAUUCCAAGGAAGUGGAUCGGAAGAAUUUUCAAUACAUUGAAUAUUUACUUCGGCGUGGCCAUAAACAGCUUGAUCAGCUCCGGAACCCUGGCACCACUGGCUUAUCUUCUUUGCAACUUGAUUUGUCUAAAUGA